AUGAAUUGGCGCAAGGAGCAGAUUCGAUCAUCUGCAUCCGGCCAUUUCGUGUUCCUCUCCAGCGAUUCAUCACCGCAAUCUGGCACCGACUUCCUGCUCACGCUCGAAGAUCGGAUUGAACGCCAGUAUGCUGGCCUGGUGGUUGACGCGACCGAUGAUGAGAUCGCGUCAUGGAAUUUGUCGGAUUAUUUGAAGACGAGUUCACUGCCAGUGGCGGUGGUCGGCGCUGGCAACUCUGGAGUUGCUGGCAAAUACGAAGGUCUUCUGCACUCGAUCAUGUGCGACCUUGGCAAUGAGGCCCAUGCCGAACUCAUCCAACGGUACACACGUGACAUCGUGGGCUACUGUUCGGAUUAUGGCGCCGAGUGGCACUUUGCUCAGGUGCCGGCACUUGAUUUGGAUGACCUUCGUGAGGCCGGCGUGUCAAACUCUGGGGGACUGCUGAAAAAGCAAGACGUCCGGCCGGAUGGGCUUCUGUCUGAGUUUACUGCUGAUGGUGACAUGGCUGCAGCACAGCUCCCUGCAGAAAUACUUGGAGUGCAAGCCCCGCCCAUAGCAAACGAACCUGCCUCGUCGGCCAGCAUUUCGCUGCUGGGGAGCAUGAAGAUGCCUGGCAUAAAGCACAUGUUCGACAACAUCAGCAACUACGUCUUGGGCCGUUUGGCAUGGUAUCCGACCUUUGCCGAAUAUCUUCGAACGAUGACCCGCCUCCUGCAUGAGAAAGAAUACCGCCAGCGGCUGGUGGACACAUGUUUUUCGUCGGGGCCUGCGGCGCAGUUCAAGAGAGUGAUGUCUUACUACGAUGGAGGCUCCUUCAUUACCUGGAGGUGGUCUUCUGUUGUUACUGUGGUCCGCGCUCUUCUUAAAAGACGUGGCGCGCUCAUGGCGGGCUUCGAUAGCCUGAAGUUUGGUGGCGGUCCAGACUUAGUUUCAGAUGGCUUGGGCGAUGCCGAGCGCAGAUCGAAAUUUGUCAUCGAAGCUCGAUUUGAACGCUGGAGUCACAAUCUUCGUAUUGUGAAGGCUGUGAAUGUCACGGCCACAUGGGACAGAGCAGCUGGAGAUCGCGGUUCCACUGCAGAAGACAUUCAAGAAAUGACAAAGUGCAAGCUUCGAGGGCGGCGCUCGCCCGAGUUUGCCUGCGGAGCCUUCGAGGAGUUUUGCUUGGAGUUGCAGGAGAUCGCGAGCAGCAAUUUACUGGUUGUGUGCACACCUCUGGACGAACAGCAGCGCAGCAUCCUAGUAAAGGACUGGCACACAGCGACGGAUGCGAUACUGUCGGAGCUGCGCCUCAAGACGGGUCACUGGGAUUGCAUCGAGCUCUACGAGACUUCAUCAGCAAGUGGCCAUGCCCACCCCAUCACUGCUCGGUUCUUGAACCCGGGCCAGCACCGAAAUGUGGCUCAGCAGAUGAGUCGGGCGCCAAAUUCUUCAGAGCCUUUGAUCAGCACGGAAGCUCGGCUCCAUGCCUUUCAAGACAUCUUCAAUUCGCCGGAGGCAUUGAAGUCCGCGACAUCUGCGUACGAACAUCUCACUGACAAAAGCUACCUAGCCGUGGAAAUUGCUCACUUGGUGGGUGGGCCAAACUGUGUGCCCACCAGAACACUCUCCCACAAAGAGUUGGUGGAACUGCUUUAUCACCGAACCCAUCGCUUCAAGAGAGGGAAGACGGCUGCAAAGGUCAUUCCCAACUCGGACAUUGCUGCUCAGCAGGCAAGCAAGGCCGCGCUCACCGAAGGCAAAGGUGUGAACAGUCUGGGAGACAUGAUGAGCAAACAUUUCCGAGAUGUCAUGGACGAUACGGGCUUCUACUCUUUGCCAGCAUUCCUGCUGAAACGUGUUCCAAUUCAAUCGUUGCAAGACGCACUGACGACGUCGCCAGCUAUCGGGCGAGCGACAGGUGUGUUGCCCAUUUGCAGUGCAGAGCAAAACCUGCCUCUGGCAGACCGCGAGCAACGAUCUCAUUCUCUGGCCGAUGAGACAUCAGCUGCUUUGCCGGCAUGGCUCCAAGUAGAUCCUGAAGCAGAGACUGACAUUGCACCGGCCCAGCACUUGCAGAGCAGAGCCUCUUCAUCUUCGUCCGUCCGCAAGGACAGUGUGCUCCAGAACCUGCAAGACACACCAGAUGACAGCCUGGUGAUUUUCAGGGUGGCCAACAAGCGGCCACAUCUACGUAAGAGACCCCUAGCAUCAGUGGAUGGCAUCCUGCCUCAUGACAUGACCAUUCGCAUCUAUGAUGUGAUGUCCAUGACCGCCGAAGAACAAGACACUUCGAUUUCUGCGGCGCCGAGCAAACAUCAAGACCUGCCUCUGGUGCACCUCUUCGACAAAAUGAGAGAUGAUGUAUGUCAGGAUGUCUUGCUUCACAUGCAACAAUGGCAGAUGCGGGAUGCACUGCCCCUGCGAUUUGCUUCUCAUGUCUCGGGCUUGUGCUCGUCAGCAGAGAAUCUGUUGCGUGAUUGUCUGGAGGCCAAGGCUGUAGAGGGCACUGGCAACAAGUUCGAUGUUUCAGGCUUUUCGCAAGAAGACCGCCACAGCUUGGAUAUUCUUCUCCGCAGAAACUUAGUGAAGAGAUGCGGUGAACAGGACAUUGUGCUGAGCAAGCACACACUGCAAUCCGACACCGUGCAGCUGCAUCAGCCCCGUCAGGCGAGCUGCCUUGGCAUGGAGCUGCUGUGUCCGUAUACCGGUGCCUCAUUUCUCAUGAUGGUGGGUGCGCAGGAGCUGGACCCUGAAUCUCAGCUCGAGGCGGGCACUCGUCUGUGGCAAAGCGCAGUGGAGGCCGGCGAUCUUCCUCAUCCCGGCAUUGUUGAUGUGAACAACGAGGAGGCAGAAGCCAGACCCAUGUAA